AUGACGACCCCCUCAUUCACGAAGGGAUCUGUCCUGGCGCAAGCCUUGACCGAGGCCCAAAUCGAGUGUGAAGUACUCUGGCCCAACGAUGCAGAGUACACGGCGCGGGUGCAGAGCUACUGGUCGCAGCAGGCACGCCUCCAGCCCGCCUGCAUCGUGCGGCCGCGCUCUGCCAGCGAGGUCUCGACCGUUGUCAAGACGCUCGCCAACAAGAAAGUGCAAUUCGCCGUCCGCAGCGGCGGCCACACACCACAUGCCGGUGCAAACAACAUCAACAACGGCGUCACCAUCGACCUCAGCCUCCUGAACUGGACGCGCUUCGACGCCGCCUCCGAGACGGUCGACCUCGGUCCCGGGGGCCGCUGGCGCGACGUGUACAGCGAGCUGGACAAGCACGGCCGUAUCGUCGCCGGCGGUCGGAACGGCACCGUUGGCGUGGGGGGCUUGAUCCUGGGCGGAGGGAUCUCCUUCUCGACGGGGCGACGCGGGUUCACCUGCGACGACGUGAUUUCGUUCGAGGUGGUGCUUGCGGAUGGACGCAUCGUCACAGCCACGGCGGAUGAAUACAGCGACCUGUUUUUCGCGCUAAAGGGCGGCUCGAACAACUUCGGUAUCGUGACUAACUACAAGAUGCACGCGCUCAAGAGUGACGGUAUCUUUGGCGGACUGAAAAUCUACCCCAAGCAGGUCACGCCGCAGGCUACGGAGGCGCUGGUGCGGUUCACGGCCAGCGUCGAGUCGGACCCCGAUAGCCACAUGCUCUGGUUCCACACAUAUACGGGUGAGUUUGAUGCUGCCUCUGGGCGAAUGAGUACGACUCCCGACUUCAAGGAUAUAGUUGUGGUCGUCGCCAUAGCGCAACUCGCCGGCAUUGCAGACGCCCCAGCAUACCACGGAUUCAAGGAGCUGCCCGCAAUCAUGGACACAUGUAAACAAACGACGGUGCUGGGCGGAGUGUCCGAGUACGACGUCUCACCGGGAGACCACCAGUCCACCUUCUACACGGCGACAUUCGCCAACGACGCGCGCAUCGUCGCCAAAGCGACCGAGCUGCACGAGCGUCUCGUGAAUGACCUCAAAGCACUAAUCCCGGACGGCGACUUCACGACGCAGUGUCUCCUCCAGCCGCUUCCCAAAGCCUACGGCCAGACAUCCGCGCGCAACGGCGGCAACGUCAUGGGCGUGCAGAACCAGCGCGUCGACGGCCUGCUCUUCGUCGCCAUCGUGUUACUCAAAACACCAGCACAGCAGGCCUUUGCCUACCCACGCAUCCGGGCGUGGGUCGCGGAGCUGAAGGCAUACGCGGCGACGAUCGAAAACGGGAACCUCGACUGGGUCUACCUGAACUACGCGGACGGGUCGCAGGAUCCGCUGCGCAGCUACGGCGUGGAGAAUGUGCGCAGGAUGAAGCUUGCGGCGGCGAAGUACGACCCGGACCAGGUCUUCCAGAAGCUAUGUGUGGGCGGGUUCAAGAUCUCGCAUGUUGCGGAUGAGAAGAUUCAGUCCCGUUUACCGCAGGGAUCCAAUCCGGAUGGAAACCGCUCGUGGCUAGGCGUAGUUUGGGAUUGGCUUAUGCCUGGCCGCCGUUAA